AUGCAGAUGGAUUACAAGGAUUGCAUUGCCCUCAUUGUCUAUUUCAUUACCUUCAUUCUGGGUCUUCCCGCCAACCUUCUGGUCCUGUUCGUGUACGUGCGCAAGGCCCGCAAACAUGGCGCCACACCCAAUGUGGUUUACGCCCUCAACCUGUGCCUGGCCAACUUGGCACUGGUGGUCUGGCUUCCCGUAAAGGCUUCGGAGACAUUGCUUCAGGACUGGACGCUGCCAGAACCCGUCUGUCCCAUCUACAGCUUCUUCCUCUUCUCCUCGCUGUACGCCAGCUGCCUUUUCAUCACCGCGGUGACAGUGGGGCGCUAUCUCAGCAUUGCAUUCCCGCUUAUCUACAAGAGAUACCGCAAUGCUCGGAUCUCUUGCUUCAUCAGCGUUGCCUUGUGGGUCUUGGUGCUCAUUCACCUCAGUGUUGCCCUGGUGACUGAAGGGGGGCCUAACUUUGUCUCCAUUAAGGGUGACACCUUAGAAUGCUAUGGCAACUUCAACGAAACCCAGCUGGCUGUUCUGCUGCCUCUGCGCCUGGAGAUGGCCAUCGUCUUGUUCAUUUUGCCUCUGAUCAUGACGUCGUUUUGCACACUGCGCUGCGUCACCCUGGUGUGGCGAUCAAAUUUGCGCCCAAUGGGAAAGAGAAGGGUUCUGACUGUUGCUCUCUCCACACUGGCAGUGUUUGUUGUGUGCUAUGCACCCUACAACGCCUCCCAUAUUGUGGGGUUUGUUCAACAUGCAAAUGUUGAGUGGAGGACGUACGCCAUGCUGACCAGCUCCUUUAAUGUUUUCCUGGAGCCUGUGGUCAUGAUGAUGCUGUCGCCAGCAUCGUCAAGGGGGAUCAUGGGAAGAGUUUGUGGACGGCAAAGCCAAUUCAGUCGGAUUGAGGGGUGUCGGCAUCGAGUUAACAGCACUAACAGUGUUGCAAAUGUAAGGGCACCACAAACGCUAUCUGAGAGGACCCAGGUGGCGGCCCAGGUGACCAGAGAAAGCUAUGAGUGA